AUAUAAUAAAUGUUAAAGGUUAAAAUUAUUCACCAUAUACUGAUUACAGUGUUAACUAUCUAAUCAAAAUGUCAAAAUUUCUAUUAUUUUUAUCUAUACUACUUAUUAUUGAUCCAAUACAAUUAGUCAAUUCACGUUAUAUUGAUAAUACAUUAUUACGUAGUGUAUUAAAUUGUUAUGUGGAUUGUAUACAAAAUUCAACAAAUGAUAUACAAGAUAAUAAUUAUUGUUAUAAUGAAUGUUUUAAUAAUCCAAAUGAAAAACGUGGUAAAUUUUUCAUGUUAGGAUAAUGAAUGAAUAAAGAAGAUAAUGAAGAAUACAAAUGACACAUUAAACUACUAAUUAUGUAGAUCAGUAGUAUAUGUAUAAUUCAAUGAAUUGAAUUGAAUCAAAAUGAUGAAAAUCUAUUACAUUUAUUGAAAUAUAUAUAUAGAUUUAUAUAUUCA